ACAACAACCCUGUGAUCCCGGCCAUGAAAGCCUUCGACAACACAUCUAAAACCUAUAUCUAAGAAGUUUUGCUCUGGAAUGCAAAAGGAGGGAAAAAAGCCUCUAGAGCAGGGAUCCCCAAACUUUUAAAACUGGGGGCCAGUUCACGAUCCCUCAGACCAUUGGAGGGCCGGACUAGAGUUGGCAAGGUGGCCACCGAGCAAUAAUAAUAAUAAUCCCAACCCCUUUCUGCCUUUGUGGACCAAAAGCACAAGCAAAGCACCCCUGACAAAUGGCCUCCCAGCCUCAAUGUUUAUUAUUAUUAUUAUUAGUAUUAUUAGAUUUUGUAUUUGUUGAGCAUCAGAGAUGGAGGAUAUCGCACAUGUACUGUUCAGCUGUGAAUUUUAUAAGAAAGAGAGAGACCAAUGUCUCAGGCCAUACAUUAUUCGCAAAACACACUGGGACCCACAUAUUAAAACUUCAUUUUUGUUGGCCAGCCAGAAUCCUAAAAUAACACACAAAACAGCCCUUUUCCUAUUCAAAGCAACACAGCUGAGAACUGCAUAUUUGGAAUCAAUUGGGGUAAACUGUGGAGGUGAUGCAGAUAUUUGACAUGAAUGGGAUCUUGUUAACAGCUUGUUUAUUUUAACUUCUUUUGUAUGUUGUAUGUAUGUCUAUGUGUUAAAUGUUUUGAUACAGCCAAUGGGCUAAUCAAUAAAACGUGAUUUAUAAUAAUAAUAAUAACAAUAAUAAUAAUAAUAAAAAGAGGGUUGGAAGAGACCCCUUGGGCCAUUUAGCCCAACCUCAUUCAGCCUUUGUGCCAUGGGGGCUGGAUAAAUGGCUUCAAUGGACCGCAUGUGGCCCCCGGGCCGUAGUUUGGGACCCCUGCUCUAGAGAUUAGCUCACAGGCUGAACCAUCUCACCCAAACCUACAGGGGAGUCCCAAGCUCCACCCCCAAAACAAGAGCCAAUGGAACAUUCCACCCAAGAACAGCAAAGCAGGAAAUAAGCAAGGGAGAGAAAUCCAGUAAGACAUCACAAGUAUAAUACAGGGAAUGCUUUGAUCUGUAAUGCACAGUCCUGAUCAUUUGUAGUACACUUUAAUGGUAGUUGCACUGAGAUUCUGACAUACAGUAGAGUCUCGCUUAUUCAGCCUUCACUCAUCCAACGUUCAGGAUUCAACGCAGUCUGCCUCCCGCCCAGAUCCACAGCUGUUCUCUAGGCAGCAAAUCUAUCUUUAUUUGUAGUCAAUUUUUAGCAGUCAUUGUUUUUUAUUCAAUGUUUUCAAUACCUUGCUAAAUUCAUAAAUACAGUAAUUAGUACAUAAUGUUACAGUGUAUUGAACUGCCUUUUCUGUCAAUUUGUUAUAAAACAUGGUGUUUUGGUGCUUAAUUUGUAAAAACAUAAUAUGACGUUUAAUAGGCUUUUCCUUAAUCCCUUAUUAUCCAACAUUUUCACUUAUCCAACGUUCUGCUGGCCCAUUUCUAUUGGAUAAGUGAGACUAUACUGUACUUCAGUGUAACUCCUAAAUACGUAUAUCUUAAACACUAGCUUUUGUAUACUGUUCUCAGCUUACAAUUCUUCCUGUCCUGAAGAUACCAUACCACUACUCUUAAUCUGAAUCCAAUUAAACUCAUUUUGUGAGCUACUAUAACCAUGAAAAGCACAAUAUAAUUAUUAUACACCAAUAUGGACAUUUUUUUCUCUGUUGCUGUCAUUCUAACAUACUACUUAAAACAUAACCAUAAUAACUGUUGUUGUUCUGUGCCUUCAGUGUAUUUCCGAGGUAUUGUGGUUCUAAGAUGAACCUAUCAUGGGGUUUUCUUGGCAAGACUUGUUCAGAGGGAGGUUGCCUUUGCAUUUCUUUUUGCAGCUGAUAGGGAUUCGAACCCUAGUCUCCAGAGGCAUAGUGCAAUACCCAAACCAUUACACCACACUGGCUCUCACAUAAUCACUGUUAUAGAGAAGCAAAUAUGUACAUCCAUUAUAUCAAUGAAUUCAUUAAUUUUUAAAGUUGGCAUUAUCUUUUUAUGUUAUACAUUUAUUCUAUUCAUAAGUUACCAUAUAAUAUAAUAUAGGAGCAGGAGAGAAAUACACUACAGCAAAAUGAUAUCACCUUUCUUUUUGCUCUUCAGGUUUGUUACAUUGAAGGACACAGGGUUAUCAGUCUGGCUAAUGAAAUGUUUGGCUACAAUGGCUGGGCUCAUUCUGUCACUCAGCAGAAUGUUGGAUGGGGCAUACCAUGAAGAUGUUGGCUAUGGAGUAAGUGAAGGUUUGAAGUCUAAGGCUUUAUCACUUGAAAAAGCCAGGAAAGAGGCUGUUACAGAUGGACUGAAAAGAGCACUAAAGUGCUUUGGUAAUGCUCUUGGGAACUGCAUCCUGGACAAAGACUACUUGCGGUCAGUGAAUAAACUUCCCCGUCAGAUCCCUCCAGAUCUUGAUUUGAGUAAAGCUAAACGACAGGACUUUGAGCCUGUGGUAGAAAAAGCAAGAUAUGAUAGCUGCUUGCAAAAGGCAAGCAAAGGCCAAAAUCAUCUGUCCGCAAUCACCCCUGGUAGCUCUGACCAGUGGAACUCUUCGCGAAGCAUGGUUGAACAAGAUCAGCAGAACAGCAAGGUCUCACCAGCCUUGGAGUAUGAUGCCACUUACCAGCGGAAAUUAAGGCAAAAGCAACUUCAGCAGCAAUUCAGACAAGAGAUGCUGAAAAAACAGCAAAUCCAAUCAGAUACUUCAGCUUGCAAAGCUACAGAUCUAGAAGAAUGCAGUCUCUCUGUGAUGAAACAUUCAGCCCAGCUGGAGCCUUCUGUAGCAGAAGAGUUCCUCGCAGAUGACCCUGAGCUCUGGGAUUUGCCUUUGGAGGCUACUGAUCUCAGCAUUACCGGUCAUAAUGCGGGAUCUGUACAAACCCGUUCCUCAGGCACGCCUCUUGGAAAACAUCAAAUGAUGACUCGCAGUAGGACCCCACAAAGACCAAACCAACAGAAAACAUGGGCACAACUUGCGCAAUCACAUGUCCCCACAAGCCCGAGGCCUCACAUACCAGUUGAGUGCAGUCCAUAUAGGAGAGGCCAGGGAAUGAAGAAGAGAAGACUGGAGUGCACAUAACAUGAAAUGCUUAGUUAUCAUCUCUCCAGAUUUUAUUCCAGAAACAAUUUGGUUGGAUAGUUUCACAAACUGAGAAUAUUCUCAAUUUACCCAGAGGAAAGAUGUGUAUAGCUUUGAAAUAUUUAACUGAAAGCUGAAAGUUAUCAUCUCUGAUCACAUUCCAUUAAGUGAUGCAACUCUAUAUCCAAAUACAAAAAUGUACAAGUGUCCUUUGUUUUUUUUAUUUAAAAACAUUAGUUUUAACAAGGGCAGAUGAUGCAUGCAAAUAGACUGACAAGUGCUCAGUUGGAAUAAGUUGCCAGCCAGUUGAAUGAAUGUGACUUGUAACAUUUUAACAGUAACAUUUAAAAAAUACUAGUAAACCUUUUGUAGAAUAAAACUUUUUAAAUAUUUGCCACCCAACUGUAUCAGUGUACCAAUCUUACUGACUACCCUAUAUUAACACACCUAAAGGUUUUGUUUAUGAAUUUCUGUGUGCGUAUUUUCAAUCUUAAACGAAGGUCCUAGCUUUGAAAAGAUUAUGCAUAAAAACUGAAGACACAUGCAAUCUUUCAAUUGUUCACUAUGUACUUAUCUGAUUCUCUUUCAAAUAAAGAAAAAUCAUGGAGGCUUCUGA